CUUUUCCAUUAAUUUCUAUGGAAGCAUCAGCCGAUCACACAAUUGACAUUUCAGAAGGAGGGUCUCAAGAAUCAGGAUGGACCAUGUACAUCGACUAUUUCUUGAGACAACAGAGAGGGCUAAAGGGUAGUAGCUCAUCUCAGACGGGGCGCUAUUCGACCGUGUCGGAUGCUGCGUCUGCUGCCGCCUGGCAACCAUUGACACCAAAGGCAUGCAGGCGUCUGAAUUUCAAGAGGAGCAAGACGGGGGAGAUUUUGGAUGAAGACCCUUUGGAGGACACCGCUAGCUCCAGCAGCCCAAAAGUUAGUGGAAAAAAGAAGACACGGAUUCAUGCGAAUGAAGAAGAAAACCAUUCCGCGGAACAGGAAAAUAAUUACUCAUGCAAUUGCUUCCCAUUGCCCGCGGCGCAGGCAUGGGAUGGUGAAAAUGAAUGCGCGGAAUUAAGGUCGCAAGCGAGAAACAACGCGUCGCGUUGUGCUGAUGAAAAUAAAUGUAAGCAGCUGAAUGAAAGGGGAUUAUGCCUCCUGCCCGUGUCGAUGGUAAUGAACUAUAUUAGAUAA